AUGGACAGAGAUGAUAAUGCUGAUCUUGUAUUUUAUAAAGGAAGAUGCAUUAGAACUUGGGCUAAACAAUGGGUCCAAAAUAAAAAAUUACCUGAAUCAAAUAGAGGAAAACACCCAAAAACAAAAAGCCUUUUGGAUCAUGAAGAUGUUGCUGCUCAGAUUGGAAGUCACUUGAGGUCCAAUAAAUUUGAUAUAAUGCCUAAAAAAUUAUGUAAACAUGUCAAUGAUGUAAUAUUGCCUAAUUUUGGAGUGGAAAAUGAAAACAAGAAAAUAUCCGAAAAAACUGCAGCAAGAUGGCUCAAAAAAUUAGGAUGGGAUAACGAACGUACUCAUCAUUUCUCUAAUGCUUUGCCUAAAAUCGAUCGCCCUCAGGAAAAAAUGUAUCAUUACGCUGAAGGCGAAACAAUCGAUUGCGCCAUAUGUAUUGAACAAGUUGAGUCAAAGCAUGCUCAAGUUAGAUUAUCUUGUGGCCACAUUUAUCAUUUGAAUUGCAUCGGAUCUCAUUUCAACAUUUCUGGUGACUACAAAUGUCCAUACUGUCGGCUUGAAGUAGAAAAAAUAGUUAAACAACCAAGAAGCUGGGAAUUUCCUAUAAAUGGUCAUCCUAAUUCGCAAAAUAUAAACGACUCUGCUGAAAUGCCUCAUCCUGGUGAAUUAGAUUUCGCCAAUUUUCAACGCGGUGUUUUACAAGUCGUAAAUUCCAUUUUUCGAGGCAGACUUAACCUAGGACAUCCUUUCCGCAAUGAUAACGAUCCAGAAGAUGAUUUUUUUGAAACUGACAAUGAUGAUAAUUCAACUCAUGGCCAAGAUGAAAUCAAUCAAAGAAAUAAUGUCAAUUUACUUGAAAUUACAGACAAUGAAGAUGAUGAUAAUUCUUCGGAUGAAGAUGGUGACUUCGACACAAAUGAUUCAAUGAAUCAUUAUCGAACAUUCACUACUUCAUAUUAUAAUAGUAGUUCUGAAAAUUUACCUUCACAAAUUAGGAGAAACGGUCAUAACGAGGAUAAUUUAUCGAGGUCAUUAUCAUCAACUUUGAAUCUUAAUGAUCAUAGUAAUACCGCUAGUUCACAUUCUAGAUUAAAUUCAACAAGAUCUCACUCCCGUACAAGGUCACGUUUUUUUCGAGAAUCUGUUAGGAAUGGAUUUACAGGCUUAAUUAGAAACAGGUUGAAUGCAGAUCAAGAAAGAAGGGGUCACUUGAGAGAUGUUCGUGAUUUCAGAGAUCUUAGUCCUAAUUUUUCAUCAAGAAGACGUGAAGGCAACAGACAAUCAACUAUUUCAUCAAGAUAUCGAAAUAAUGAUUCUUCUAGACGCAAUAUAAUAUCUUCAGAAAUUUCAAAAAAUUCUGCUGCAGAAGAUGAAGAUGAAAUGAUGUUUGAGAGUACAUUCAACUGGGAUGUUAGUAAUGAUAUGGAAACUUCAGAAGAUGAUUCAGAAAACGAGCAAACAUUCAGAUGUUUUUCAUAUCAUACAUUGAAACAAAUGAUAACCAACAACAUUGGUUUAGACCAUGGUCUUGUUAAUGAUAGUGAUGUCACAAUCAGCAGCGGUGAAGAUUUUUAA